GUCAAGCAGAACUUUGGGGGAGCUAUGGGAUACCCGGCCUAAGCCUCGCUCUCAUACGUUGCUCCAAAUUGGAAAGGAUAUGGCCGAGCUGUCGCAGAGGAACAAGACAGGGCACAUCGUGUGCCAUCAGCAGGAGACGGACCAAUCGAUCGCUGGUAGCGAGUGCACGCGUGUGUCCGAAACACGACCAGUUGCCGAUCUCGCGCCCUCCACGAAGAGGGCACGACACGAGCGAGCAUCAGGGUAAAACACGAGGGCGCAGUCCACUGUCGACAAGCGACGGUGGGCAUUCGUACCUCGUCCCCAGGUGUCACAAGGGCUGGAGCACAUUGGAGCCGAGCGAGGAUCAGCGACCUCCUCCGCGAAGGAUACUUGGGUCCCCAGCGACCCUCCACGUCGCCCUCGUCCCCAGGCUGCCAACUAUAGUCGGAGACGGUGGCGAAUGCGGGCUCCGAGUUUCGGGAGGAUGACGGGAGGGAGCUUUUUAUCCACACACCAACGAGCAAAACAAGAGAAUUUUCGAACGCAGUCGUCGUCGAGCAUCCGUGCCUGGCCUGGCCUAGCUUCCUGAGGCGCUUCUGCGACGUGAUUCGAUUGGCCGUGGCUCGAGAGAUUCGCUGCGUCCGGAAGUCGAAUGAGAAUGAGUAGUUUUCGAAUGUCACGACCAAUGCUCACAGUAUUCGGCCUCCCCCUUCUUGAUUCGACCUGAUCUGCGGGAUCCUGUACAGUUCAAUUGACUGUUUCAUAAUUUUGACCUCCGAGGCGCAGUGUGAGACUUCUCGUCGAGCUUUUGUUCCAUAAGAUUCUGUAACGAUAUAGCGUGUAAAGGAGGAAGACUUUUUUUUGGGAGGGCGAGAUCGAGGUGCUCAUCACCAGCUUGGAGGCAGACGGUGGAUUCAAUCACGGAGCGAAGCAUUUGGAGAAAUAGUGGUGGAAAUUAACGAUGGCUGCCUCUCUCGUAGGCAGCAGCAGCAGCUGCUGCGGUGCGGCGUUCGCUUCACGUCGUACAUGGUCCUCGAAAGCAGUUCCCGUUUCAGGCAUAGCAUCCUGCUCGUUUUCCACCGUUCGCCUUACCCAUGGCUCUCCUGCAUUACGCGUGCCUUCAUCACAUGAACCUGUACAGCUGAACACCUCUCGCUCUGGAGGUUCCGUCCAGGCGAAUUCGUCACGGAAUGGUGCUUCCAACGCCGUGAGCAGUAUCUCAAUCGCAGAAAGUGAAUUGAAAGAGGCCGUGGAGGUGCCAGCACAGAAGGCAGCGGAGGAAGAAGAGAAUCCAGCCGAGGAGCUCACGGAGGCCCCUUCGUGUCCGCUCCCCGAUUUCUCCACGAGCGGGACGCAUGUUGCUCUGUUGAAUCCUCUCGGAUUGCUCCCAGAGUCCAUACGGGAUGCGAACGAAUUUCGCAGGCCUUUGCUGCUUUACGUCCCAGGGAUGGAUUGCUCUGGGCAGGGAAUUAAAUCCCAAUUGAGUCCACUCUUCGAAGCAGGAUAUGACAUUCGAUGUGUAUAUAUACCAAGUAAUGAUAGGUCAACAUGGCAACAACUAGUGGACACAAUUCUUCCCUUGGUCAAUGAAGAGGUUCAAGGUGUAAAUGGAGAAAGACGGCAUCUUACAAUACUAGGGGAGUCUUUUGGUGGUUGUCUAGCCUUGCGAUUAGCUCAGGCUGAUCCAUCUCUUGUAUCACGUCUAGUACUGGUGAACCCAGCAACAAAUUUCCCAAACAACAAUUUAGUAGGAAGUCUUUGUGCACAGACGGGGCUGCUCGCCCUUUUCCCGGAAUCGCUCUACGAACUUGCCCAGGACAUAUUAUUGCCGUUGAUGGUCAAGCGCAAUCGAGUAUCAACAGCGGGCACAGAGGAUUUUCUUUCUCCAGUGGACUUUGUACCAGCCGCAUGUGCUGCUUGGCGACUAGCCAUGCUUAACGACGAUUCUGGGCUCAGUGAUGAUGAACUUCGUGUUGUUUCGAUGCCAACUCUUCUGUUAACUUCCGCAAAAGAUAGGAUCUUGUCGUCCUUGACCGAAGGUGCACGGCUUCAACGGGUAUUGCCCAAUGCUAAGCGAGUUGUCUUACCCGAAAGUGGGCAUACAGCUCUAAUUGAAGACAGUAUAAAUCUAGCAGAGGUCAUGCUUGCAAAUGGAUUCACGCACCCUCGUCGAUCAAAGGCAAAACAUCAAGGUUCGUCAUCGAUAUCCUCUCCAAGCCCGGUUGCAAAGAGAGAAGAAGCUGUUGCAGAUGACGUCAUGGAUGAAAUGGGGCGUAUUCUAGAACCAUGGAGGAUCCUCACUUCACCUUACAUAAGUGGCGCAGAGAACUUACCUAUGCCAGGCCGUGAGCCCAGGCGACCAUUGCUUUUCGUCGGAAAUCAUACCAUGUUUGGCGUCUACGAUUCUCCGCUCCUAGUGUACGAGCUCUAUUUAAGAGGAUUUCGAUGCCGAGGAUUGGCUCAUCCAGGACAUUGGAUCACAGGCGCGGGUGCCAUUUUUGAGAGGUAUGGAAAUGUGAAGGCUUCAAAGUUCGCUGCCUACAAGCUCCUGAAGGAAGGGGAAAAUGUGCUGUUAUUUCCAGGAGGUGCCAGAGAAGUGUGCAAGCGAAAAGGAGAGCAAUACAAGCUGCUUUGGAAGCCUACAACCGAUUUUGUGCGCAUGGCAAGUCGACUUAACGCAAUCAUCGUUCCUUUUGGUGCCCUUGGCGCUGAUGAAGCGUAUAAUAUCAUGUACGAUGUGGACGACCUUAAGGCUUCUCCGUAUUGGUCUCUGAUUGAGGCCGUUUACAAUCGAGUAGGCGUUGAUCCUGAGAACGUUUAUCCCAUAACGUCACUUCCUGGAACAAACAUACCUAGUUUGGUUCCUGUGCCUUCCAUUGAGCGCAUUUACUUUCACUUUUCUGAGCCAAUAGACACUGCCAGCUAUGCCUGCAAUCUUGACGAUCGAACACAGUGCCAGUCUUUAUACAUGUCCGUCAAGGCGCGAGUAGAAGAAAGCAUUGAGCUCCUAAAAGAUAUUCGUUCCACCGAUCCGGAAAGGUUAUUGCCUGUUCGUUUGGCAGCGAAGCUUGGACGACUGCUGCCAGAAUUUAUCCCAAGGAUGCCUUCAAGUCAAAAUGGACUGCGGCAGUUGAGAAAAGAUUUUGAAAAUGCAAUGAAAGACGAAAGAGCAUAAUAGUUUCACAUCACUGGCUGUAACCGAACUCGUUGCCUCGAAAUGAUUCACCUUCCUCAGACAUUCAUUCGCAAGGGCUAGGAAAGAGUUUUUCCGAAGAUUGAAAGUUUUGCAAACAUGCAGUAUGCUUUGCUGUAAAAGGUGAGAUCGUGAACGUCUUGUCCCUGACGCUCACUAGGGGAAGUUGAGCUGACGAGUUGUACCUCAAAGAUUACUGGUAUUCAAGAAAGUGCCUUUUCCUCACGGUCAGUAAAACAUACAUAGUUCAACACACAUGUUUCAAUUGGAUGGAUAUUUCGAACUAUGAAAUUCAACCUCAAUUUUUUUUUAUGUUUCUACACUUGAACUGG